AUGCAUUCUUACAUGGAACUUGGAAGAAGAAGUAUAUAUAGACUACCCCUAGGAUGUAAUUCAGCUCAUGACAAGAAGAAUCAAACUAAUUCAGAUCACACCCUGUUCUUGAAGCGUGAUGAGGGAAAACUUACUGCAUUGAUUGUUUAUGUAGAUGACAUAGUCGUAACUGGAAAUGACACAGGAGAGCAACUAAAGUUGCAAAAGUAUUUGUCUAAGGAAUUUGAGAUGAAGGAUUUAGGUGAUUUGAAGUACUUUCUCGGAAUCGAAUCUGCUAACACACCCAUUGAGAUGAAUCACAAGUUGUGUGAAGACAUGGACCAAGAACCAACCAAUAAGGAAUAA